AUGUCGGCCAAUUCUGCUUCCGGAGGAAUCAAGGAGGAUGCCCCCGCCUCGUCCACUGAUCAUUCUUUAUUGUCCCAGACAGGAGAAGCUGUCCAACCGGCUCCAUCAACCAGGGAUGAAGGCCCAAUCGAUGUCCCUAUGAAAAUCCGCCGUCAAAAGCAGCCUCAGCUCCCUUCCAUUUUUCUUCCGAAGAGCAAAUGUACCUCCAAAUUCACUCCAGCAAUUAUUCACAGAAAUAAACGCGCAUUUCAAGCAUUAAACAACCAGGCUACCCUCAAUGCUUGGAAAUUCCGGCAAAGCCAUCUUAGUGUUAACGACGUCACCUCGAGAAAUCUUGAGCGAGGCAGCGCCUACCAGAAAGGUCUACUGGCAAAUGUUACAGAUGCCACCACGGAUAUGGAAGUUAUAUGGGCUCCCGCCGACUUCCUAGGCUACGGAGUUGAACUUCAGAUUAUUGUGACACAGUUUUGA